UUUGCUUGGAUGUGAUUAAUCAGUCAUGGAGCCCCAAAUACCAUGGAGCCCCAUAUUUGGUACAUGAAGAUAGCUUAUGGUACUACCAUGUUUGGUACAUGAAGGAGUUGUUUGUGUGUUAUAAUAAUGAAAGUAGUUAAUAACUUAUUGACUACUCUUUUAUCCUAUUUGUAAGUGGGAUGGUUUGAUCCUCAAGGUUUCUCAACCUUUAUUUCUACCAAUUGGAGCACGACUGAUAUCCCUUACUGACGGUCUUCCUAACUCCUAAGGUUUGAGGUGGGUGUGAGAUUGUGAGGUGAGACAGUAGCACCAAGAUGCAAGUUGUGAAGAAUUGAGGAGAGUUAGUGGACUCGAAAUAGGAAGAAGGGAAACAAAUCAAUGUUCUUUCUUUUGUGGUUGUGUGAAAAUAGUUCCUAUCUUGGAGGGCCUAACUCAAAUAAUGUUACAUCCAUGGUGCAAUCACAUCCCUUUUGCCUGAUUUCAUGCUUGCAGAUCAAG